AUGUACAAGGCCGUCAUCCUGCCGACGCUACUGUAUGGAGCGGAGACUAGGACGGUGUACACAAAGCAGGCACGCCGUAUGAACCACUUCCACCUCAGUUGUCUUCGUCGCAUCCUGAGGCUGAACUGGCAGGAUCGAAUCCCCGACACUGGUGUGCUGGAACGAACGGGAAUCCUCAACAUCUACGCCAUUCUGAGACAAAUGCAUCUGCGAUGGAGCGGGCACCUGGUGCGCAUGGACGACGAGCAACUACUCAAACGACUCUUCUACGAAGACGUCGCGACGGGUUCUCGCCGUCAAGGAGGCCAAAUUCGCCGUUACAAGGAUACGAUAAAGUCCUCCCUGAAGCGCCUGCAAAUCAACACGGCCAAGUGGGAAGAGCUCGCACUCGAUCGACCGACCUAGCGGAGGACAGUGAAGACAGGCGCUGCGAUCUACGAAGCCAACCGCAUCGCUGCCGCCAAAGCGAAACGCGAAGCCCGCAAAUCCCAACUUCGCCCAGUACGCAACGCCGCCGCACAACCGCUUACAACGUGUCAUCAAUGUCAACGGACAUUCCGGGCUCGAAUCGGACUUGUUGGACACCUUUGGAUCAACUGCACCUCUCGAACUGCCCCAACCAUCGUCCCCCCGCCAGCCUCUUCCUCAUGCUCUCCGCCGCCAACUGAAUCUGGCAAUUCUUCUGAACCACCACUUCCAUCCUCCUCCUCCACCUCCUUCUCCUCCUCCUCCUCCUCCUCCUCCUCCACUGUUCCAACGACGGCCGCUCAGGCGAAUGUCACGCGCGCAACAACCGACACCACUAUCACCACCUCCGCCGACUCCAGCGAUGAGGAUCAGGGCUACAGUUGCCUUCACUGCGACCGCACAUUCACCUCACAAAUCGGCCUGGUCGGUUCUUUUGCGAAUCCAUCGCCCAGAGACUAG